AUGGACGCCAUCUCUUUUGUGCUCGGUAUCAAAUCUUCCCACCUUCGGUCCAGCCACCUCAAAGAUCUAGUCUACCGCGGGCGCGUCAUGGAGACGUCAAAACCAAACGAAGACACGCCUCUCCAACCCGACGCCAACGGCCACGCCAAUGGUCACGCCAACGGUGACGAUGACGACGACGACGACGACACGCCCGGUGAUAAGAAGGCCGGCCGCAAGGACCCCAAGAACGCAUGGGUCAUGGCCGUGUACGAGGACGACGCUGGCGACACCCACCGGUGGAAGCGGACAAUCACGAGCGGCGGUUCCAGCGAGUACCGCAUCAACAACCGCAUCGUUACCGCCCCGGAAUACAACGCCGCUCUGGAGGCCGAGAACAUUCUCAUCAAGGCUCGCAACUUUUUGGUUUUCCAGGGCGACGUCGAGGCUAUUGCGUCGCAGUCGUCGCAGGACCUGACGCGCCUGAUUGAGCAGAUCUCGGGCAGUCUCGACUACAAGCCCGAGUACGAGCGCCUCAAGGCCGAGGCCGAGCAGGCCAUCGAGAACCAAAACUUCCACCUGACCCGCCGCCGUGCCAUCAACGCCGAGAUCAAGCAGUACCAGGAGCAGAAGGCCGAGGCCGAGAGCUUCCAGCGCAAGCUGAACGAGCGCGACGACGCCAUUGUGGACCAGAUGCUGUGGAAGAUUUACCACUACCAGCGCAUCAUGGACGACUCCAGCAACCAGAUCCAGGAGCACAACGAAAAUCUCGCCGAGUUCCGCCGCAACCUGGGGGAUGCCGAGACGAAGCUCGAAGAGGCGCGCGCGGCGCAGGCGGCUGCCAACAAAGAGGCGUCGCGUGUGGAGCGCCGCAUCCGUCACAAGGAGCGCGACAUUGAGGACGAGGAGAACAAGCUCAUUCCCGUCUCGGAGAAGGUGGAGCAGCUGUCCAACGACAUCGCGCUGCUGAAACAGAAGAUCACGUCUGCCACCGAGGAGCGCGAUGCCCAAGCGGCGCGCGUCCAGAAAGCCGAGAAGGAGAUUGCCGUUGUCGAGAAGGCGCGCCAGCAGUUUGAGAAGCAAUGGAAGGAGACGCUGCAGAAGCAGGGCAAGGACUUGAGCGACGACGACCGGAAAGAGUACCACGCUCUGCGCAGCCAAGUCCGCGCCAAGUGCGCCGUGGAGCUUGCCGACCGCGACCACAUCCGCCGCCAGCUCAAGAGCGACGAGGUGACGGUCAACACAAUCAAGGGCAACGUCGACAGCCGCCAAGCCAAGGUGACGAAGCUCGAGGCGGAGCUGGAGACGAUUAAGGAGCGCCACAGCACGUGCCAAGACGAUGUGCGCAAGAUCGGCCAGGACGUGGACGGCGCCAAGAAGACGUUCAACCAGGCCAAGUCAGAGCGCGUGCGUGUCAACAACGCCGUGACGGAUCUGGAAGAGCAGAUGCAGGACAUUUCUACCCGGCUCGAGACGGCCCGCUCCGGCAUGGUGCAGAGCCGCAGGGAAACCCGCAUGAAGGAGGUUGUCUCCCAGAUGCGGCGCAUUUACCCGGGCGUGCACGGCCGCGUCGGUGAGCUGUGCAAGCCGAAGCAGAAGAAGUACGACGAGGCCGUGGUGACGGCGCUGGGCCACGACUUUGACUCGGUCGUGGUCGAUACCGAGAAGACGGCGGCCGAGUGCAUUCAGUACCUCAAGGAGCAGCGCCACACACCCAUGACGUUCAUUCCCCUGGACAACGUCAAGGUCAGCGCGCCCAGCACCGCCAUCAAGGGCAUACAGGGUGCGCGGCUGACGAUCGACACCAUCGACUUCGACUCCAACCUCGAGCGCGGCAUGGCCUUUGCGUGCGGUGGGUCCGUGAUCUGCGACUCCAUGGACGUGGCCAAGAACAUUGUCUACCAGAAGCGGCUGCCGGUCAAGGCCGUCACGCUGGAGGGCUUCCUCAUCAACCGCUCCGGUACGAUGACGGGUGGUCGUAUGCCCGACCAAAAGGGCAACCGCGGCAAGCGGUUCGCCGAGGAGGACGUGCAGAACCUCGAGCGCAUGUUCGAGAAGAAGCGCGCCGACCUCGAGAAGCUGCCCAAGCCGAGCCACCUGCUCCACCACGAGAAGGUGCUCAACGACGAACUGGUGCAUCUGGAGCAGCGCCUUCGGUCAGCGCGCGCGGAGCUGCAGGCCUUUGAGAAAAACCUUAGCAGCAAGAAGCAGGAGGUCGCCGAAGAGAAGCAGCAGCUGCGCGAGAGAGAAGCGAAGCACGCCGACGAGGCUGCCAAGCUGGCCAAGACACAGAGCGCCGUGACCAAGACGGAGCAGGCCAUCAGCAAGGUCGAAGACAAGAUCUUUGGCGCCUUCUGCAAGAAGCACGGCUUCAAGGACGUGCGCGAGUACGAGGCGCAGCAGGGCAGCCUGGAGCAGCAGGCGGCCGAGAAGCGGAGCGAGUUCGAGGUGCAGCUGCAGCGCCUCAAGUCGACCAUGAGCUGGGAGGCAUCGCGCCACGACAGCACCAAGACGCGCGUGCAGCAGAUGGAGCGGCGGUCACAGCAGCUCACCAAGGACCUCAAGGAAUACCAGGCGGAGAAGAAGCAGGUGGAAGGGGUGAUUGCGCAGGCACAACGCGACGUCGACAAGCUGCGCAGCGACCUCGACGCGAUGCAGGAGGAGAACAGCGACACGGCCGACAACGUGGCGGCCGCGCGCGCCGAGGUCCAGAAGUGGCAGCGCGAGAUCGAGUCGCGGCACAAGGAGAUCAACGGCUUGGAGACAGAGGUGCAGAAGAACAGCGCAGCCAAGUUUGCCCUGUUGCAGCGGUGCAAGAUGGAGCAGAUCCAGAUCCCGCUGGAGGAAGGCUCGCUGGACGACUUGCCCAACGAGGACCAGCUGCUCAACCAAGACCCCGAUGCCAUGGACAUUGACGAGGGCGAUGACGGUGUCAUGGAGGUGGCGAUGGACGACCACGGUAUUGAAGUCGAUUUUGAGCGGCUACAGGGCGAGCUGAAAGACUUACCCAACAACCAGGGCGAAGACGAGGAGCGCGUUGAAGAGCGGCUGGAGACCAAGAUUGCCGAGCUGACGGCGGAACUGGAGAAGCUGAAUCCCAACAUGCGGGCCAUUGAGCGGCUCGAGUCCGUGGAAAGCAAGCUGCGCGAGGUCGACAAAGAAUUUGAGGACAGCAAGAAGGUGGCGCACCGGAUCAAGACCGACUUUGAAGACGUCAAGAACCAGCGCACAGACGUCUUCCGCCGCGCAUUUACGCACAUCCAGGAGCAGAUCACCGAGGUCUACAAGGAGCUCACGCGGACAGAGGCGUACCCGCUCGGCGGCCAGGCGUACCUGGACAUUGAGGCCGAGGGCGACGAGCCGCCGUACCUGAGCGGCGUCAAAUACCACGCCAUGCCGCCGCUGAAGCGCUUCCGUGACAUGGAGCACCUGUCGGGUGGUGAGAAGACGAUGGCGGCGCUGGCGCUGCUGUUUGCUAUCCACAGCUACCAGCCAUCGCCCUUCUUUGUGCUCGACGAGGUGGAUGCGGCGCUGGACAAUGCCAACGUCGACAAGAUCAAGAAGUACAUCCGCGAGCAUGCCGGGCCGGGCAUGCAGUUUAUCGUCAUCAGCCUCAAGCCGGGCCUGUUUCAGGACAGUGAGAGCCUGGUGGGUGUGUACCGUGACCAGGAGGUGAACAGUUCAAAGACGCUGACACUGGAUGACAAUUAA